AUGACAGGUCAAAACGACACGUCGCCCAAAAGACCGGAGCAGGCAGGAUCCCCGCCGCCGCCAAUGGUGCCGAUUGCUCCACCGGCUCCACCGUCUGCUGACGUGGAGAACCAGACUCCGGCCCACGCCCAGACUACGGGCACGGGAUUCGGAGUGCCGGGGAUCCUGCAGCGAUGGAAGAAAGAGGAGUCGUUGAGAAGAGGCUCUCUGGCUUUGAGGGGACUGUCUACGGUCUUCUCUUUUCUGGCUUUCAUCAUCAUGGCCAGCAACAAGCAAGGCUAUUCGGAAGACUUCAAUAAAUAUGAAGAAUACAGCUAUGUGUUGGCAAUUGCUAUUCUGUCGAUGCUGUACAGCGGCGUGCAAGCAGCGCGACAUGUCCACCAACUCUUCACCGGCAGAGAAGUGUUUCAGCGCCGGACAUCGGCCUUGGCUGACUUUAUCGGCGAUCAGAUUAUGGCAUAUCUGUUGUUAUCGUCGUCCUCGUCGGCAAUGCCGAUAACAAACAGAAAGAGAGAGAUACAAAUCGACUUAUUUACAGACUCUUCAGCAGCCGCCAUUAGCAUGGCCUUCCUAGCUUUCGUUGCUCUUGCCUUAUCGGCUCUCAUUUCCGGUUACAAAUUGUCAUCUCAAUCCUACAUCUGA